CAAAAUAAUAGAUUGAGGAAUCAAAACAUUUCACAGUCGAAUCGGGCUUCAGAAAAACCUCACCUGGUGCUUAUUAGACUUUUCGUAAUUUAUGACCUUCAUUGUGUUCAUCGGACUCAACAAAGCAUCCAUAUGCAUUCACUACCAGUUUAAAUUUUGAACAGCUUUCUGCGGUGACAUUUAGCCCCGGGCAUUCAACGAAGUCGGCGAUAUAUCUUCCUCCAUUUGAAAAAGAAUUCAAAGUCUUACUGGCCUCUCUGAAAAAAAGCUGCAAUUGUAGUCUCCCUCGCAGUCGUUUUUAGUAUCGUCACGCAACGCUCCUCACAGUGGAAGCCAAUCAAAACCCUGCAUUUGACAAAAGAAUCGUUUCAAAACAAAAACACAAGCGCGCAAAGCCGUUUGGGUGAACAUGGGCCUUUAAGUGUCUCUAAGAACCCUCAAGUCUUUACUAGUAAGCUUAAAGAUUAAGUUUAUGUUUUAAGCCGCCGGUUUCCCGGUGUUUGCUGUUUUCAAAGAUGAACUCACGACAAGAAAAUCGCUCAAAGCUUUCUUUCUACAGCCAAAAUUAUAACUAAAUAUUCUUCGGAAAGUUUUUUCUUUCUAUUUACGGUGAAUUAAUAGCGACUAAGGGUUUUUUAAAGUUCUGUAAGCUUAAGCUUAUAUAUAUCAAACCUCAUACUAGGUCAGAUCAGUGUCUCAGUCAAAUCUUAAUACAAACGUGCAUAAACUAGCUUCAUAAACUGGGCCGCUGGACUUCAUGAAAUUAUAUUUAAAUACAAUAAUUACUCAGGCUUACCAUAUUUCGAGAUGCAGCUCCUGAAAGCUAUCAAGUAAGGCAAGGAUCCCUUGAGCCUCUAUAAUUCUUGCAUGUAUCCAGCAAGGUGAAAAACAAAAACCAUGCCAUCCGAAAUCGGAUUAUCGGCUUUAACAAGCGACGCAUUUCAGAACCAAAAACCCAAUAAACAAACCAGCCAUGAAUACGAGAACACUCUUGAUAGCAGCUGUAUUUCAUUUUCUACAUCCAGUGGAAAAAGACAGUUAAAAACAUCACAAGUUGACUCAAAACUCUGUCAACUUCAGCUGUCAAAGUAAACAACUUUCAAGAUGCUGCAUAAAUUUUACGCAUGAACUCACCUGUCAAAUUUUGACCAAUCAGAGCAUAAAAAUUGGACGUGGAGCGUGAACAACACGAAACCAUGGUAAGAAAAGGUCUUCCCCGCCUGUAUUUUAAAAAAAAUGGCUGAAUUUUUGCGUCUGAGGUCAGUUUGAAAUUAAAAUUGUAAUAGUGCGGGGCGAUACUAACAUAAACACAACAUAUUUGAUAUGAAUUUUUUAAAAAAAGUAAACGUGAGCCCGCGAUCAUUUGAAAACGGAUAACUUCAAAAAAAUGCUCGACCUUGAUGGGUCGGCACCUGAGCCAGCGAUACGGUCGGGUGAUACUGGUCAGUGGAUGCCCUGUUUUGACAGCCGUCAAUUGAUGACAACAUUGAUGUGCAAUCAGCUUUCUCCUGGGCUCCCAAAGUAGCUAGAAAAUGUGAGAGUAAACAUUGGCAUCCCUGUGGUGCGGACGGACGGUCGGUCGGUCACGUGAUUACCAAAUUUUCUGUGAUGGGUAGAUUUAUUUACCCAUGGUGCUCCGCUGGCGCGUUUCGCGCGCGGAGCUCUGCUACUAAAACAGUGGAUGGCGUUUUUCGCGUGCUCUGAUUGGCUACUCAACCUCUGGAUUUCCAGUGCUAUUUUUUAUUCACUGAUUUGCCUCCAGUUCCUCUAAAGGUUGAUUUCCACUGACGUGUUUUUGGCUACGCACGUUAACGCACGUAAGUUUUAAUCACGUAAAUAAAAUAAAGGCAAGAUAAAAAGUGCUGAGGUUAAACGAGAAGUUGAGCGAGGUUCAGCUUUUACGCUUACGAGCGACCUUUCACGGAUUGCCUCUAUUUUGUUUUCGAACGUAAAUUUUACGCACGUACGCACGUACAAAUUACGCAACACUGGAAAUCAACCCUAAGCCAGCGACGCCGAACUCGUGUAAGGUACGAGCAAAAUGGAUCCCGGUUUGCUGCCGUAAUAGACAAAGAAAUUUAAAUACAAAUAAUUAAAACAAGCUUUUCCCGAAAUACACGAAGAAGGUAACGAAAUUAGGUUUGGAAGUUUUAACAGGUGAAGCUUUGUCUGUUUGACUUGAAUUUAUAGAUGAAACCAGUAAAAAGUUUUUUUGUUUACAAAUGCAAAUUAAGUCUUGCGUUACUUUAUUUAGCUGACAUGUUCACAAAUAAGCUUAUGACUAAAUUUACUAGUUUUUUUACAAAAUGGUUUUAAACUCCUUUAGAAGAAAUUUCCCCGCAAUAGCCAAACAAAUGCCUUGAAAAAAAAGUUUGGCAAGAAACGAGACGGCCGUUAGGUCAUUGCGCGCCAAUGAAUUGUAAUCGUUGGUAACAGUAAAUGAGUUAAAAAUCAUCAUUUUUGUGCUCAAUUAUCUCACUGAUUUAGAAUAUACUAAAACAAUUAUUCACCGAAGUGGAGGUGGCUAGUAGUGGAUAUUACCUCGCCGCGCACUUCGGUGAAAAAUUGUUAUAUAUCCUCACUUAAUAAUUGCUAAUUAUAACAUUAUGCCUUCCAUUUAAACUGCACUUUUCUAUGUCUGUGUAGUGUAAAGAAAUUUCAAUAGCUUUUUCACGAUGUUUUCAUUAUCUAUAGCUACUUUCAAUAUUAUGAACAACUCUUGAAUGAGAUUGAGUAUGGUAUACCGCAGUUAUAGUAAAGAAGAAAUAUUUUGAACGAAUAGUAAUUAAUUUAAUUAAUAACUGUCCUUAUUUGUCUUGUUAUCGUCAUCUUUAUCAUUAAAGUAGUUGUAAUUGUCGUGAUGUGUAUUUGAUUUUUUCUAUCAUCAGAGGCUGGAGUUGUUUCAUAAAUACACGACUAACGCCAUGUGCAAAGUUGGUAUUCCUGUGUUGGACACGUAUCAAAUGACCGCUUCGUAUCCUGAUGGCACACUAGAUCAUGUGCAUUACAAUGCAAAUGCACAGAGAGCAGCUGAGGAUCAACUAUUAGCAUUCAUUAUGGAGGAAAUGAAGAAAACUUCCAGUUGA